AUGGGGGGGCUCGGCCCGGUUUUCCUCCAAAGAUGGGGUUUCCGGGAAUUGUCACUCUGCACCCUGAUGAAGUUUGUUGAGUUGGAGGCGCGGUAUCCAUUGAUCAAAGUGGAGUGGAAGGGGACUUUAACUUUUCCUCGGGAGCUUCUUAAGGUGGUGGUUGAUGGCUUACUUCCCUUAACUGAAGACGCUUCACUCCUGAUCUCUCGCUUUCAAGAAUAUAUGGAGUAUGAUGACGUUCGGUACUUUGUCAUGAAGGCGGUCACUGAAAGCAUUGGACAAGUCAUGCAGAAGACAAAAGAGAGGCCGCUGCCGUUUUACCAGCAGAAUGUAUUUUCCCUCAUUUCGCCCAUUAACAUGCCAAACAAGGAGUGUGACAUGGUCAAAUUUAUGGUGAAGCAAGAUAACUGGGAGGAGUUGAAAGUGUCGAAGCUGCAGGCACAUAAGCAGGCGUUUCAAAAAAUGUGGCUCACUUUUUUAAAGCACAAGCUACCCACUGGCCUUUACAAAAAAGUUCUUGUCAUUCUGCAUGACUCCAUCCUGCCCUAUAUGAAUGAACCCACCCUCAUGAUAGACUUCCUGACAGUGGCCUAUGGCAUAGGUGGAGCAAUCAGUCUUCUAGCCUUGAAUGGAUUAUUUAUUCUGAUUCAUCAGCAUAAUCUGGAAUAUCCUGCCUUUUACAAAAAGCUGUACAGUCUUUUAGACCCUUCUAUAUAUCACGUGAAGUACCGAGCCCGCUUUUUCCAUUUGCUUGAUCUGUUUUUGUCUUCAUCUCACUUGCCGGCGUACCUGGUGGCAGCAUUCAUCAAGCGUCUCUCCCGGCUGGCCCUCACUGCUCCUCCCGAGGCUCUGCUCAUGGUCAUUCCCUUCAUCUGUAAUCUCUUUCGGAGGCACCCCGCCUGCAAAGUGCUAGUGCACAGGCCCAGCGGGCCAGAGGAUAUGUCAGAAGAUCCAUACAUUAUGGAGGAGGAGGAGCCAUCUGAAAGCAGGGCUUUGGAGAGCUCUCUCUGGGAGAUGCAGUCUCUACAAAACCAUUAUCACCCCGAGGUGGCCAAGGCAGCUGCUGUCCUGAAUCAGUCGCUGUCUGAAAUGGAGGAUGACAUAUCAGGGCUCCUGGAGCUCUCAGCUUAUGAGCUUUUUGAUAAAGAAGUAAAGAAAAAGGCCGUUGAUGUGCCCCUGGAGUUUGAGCAAGUGCGAGGUUUGUUUGGGAAGAAAAAUGAUAUCUUUGCAGAGCACUUCGCUUUAGAUUGACAUGAUCUCUUAUAAAGACAUCUGCACAACUGACUGAUCUUAGGGACGUGAACAAAGCUCACGUGUUGUGCCUCAGCAAUUCUGCCUUUGAAGUAUCUCCAUGUGAUGAGAGCGGGACUGCUUGAGAAGGGUGCAGCCUUCUUCAGUGACCUUUGCCGCUACCCAUGGAUGGACUUUCCUUUGUUGCUCCUUGUUUCUAACGCUUGCAUGUUGCCACCUGAUAUUUGGGAGGGAUUUUCCAUCAAAGCAAGUUUUUCUGGAUUUGUUCAUUGCUG